CUCAAUCCAUUUCAACUGUUGCAGAGGUAGAAAGAGAAAUUAAUUAAAAAAAGGGCCAAACAGAAGAUAUUUUCAUUACUUUGCCGACCAUACACAUAAAAUAUCUUUAUUACCGGAAAAAGGUCAAAAAGAACGAAAAAACCACCGCCUUCCAUUAUAGCUGCUCUUUAUCUGAGGGUAAAACCGACUUAUCACUUCGAUCACUGUUAGCUCCGGUAGCAAAGCAGUGGGAUGUAAAUCGAGCUCAGUGUUAAAUCGCAAAAAGAAGAAGAAGAAGAAAUGGAUCGUGGGCCGGGUCCGAGUAUGGAUAUGCCGAUCAUGCACGAUAGUGACCGCUAUGAUUUUGUUAGAGAUAUCGGGUCGGGUAAUUUUGGUGUUGCUAGGUUGAUGACUGAUAAACAGACUAAAGAGCUUGUUGCUGUUAAGUAUAUCGAAAGAGGCGAUAAGAUAGAUGAAAACGUUCAGCGGGAGAUAAUCAAUCACAGGUCCCUGAGGCAUCCUAACAUAAUUAGAUUCAAAGAGGUGAUUCUAACGCCAACUCAUCUAGCUAUUGUGAUGGAGUAUGCAUCUGGUGGGGAGCUUUUUGAGAGAAUUUCUAAUGCAGGGCGCUUCAAUGAGGAUGAGGCUCGCUUCUUUUUCCAGCAGCUUAUAUCUGGCGUCAGCUACUGUCACUCCAUGCAAGUAUGUCAUCGGGACUUGAAGCUGGAAAAUACAUUGCUUGAUGGAAGCCCUGCUCCUCGGCUAAAAAUUUGUGAUUUUGGGUAUUCUAAGUCUUCUCUGCUGCAUUCACAACCAAAAUCAACAGUGGGAACUCCUGCUUAUAUUGCUCCAGAAGUUUUGUUGAGGCAAGAGUAUGAUGGCAAGAUUGCAGAUGUGUGGUCGUGUGGGGUGACAUUGUAUGUCAUGUUAGUGGGUGCUUACCCUUUUGAGGAUCCUGAUGAACCAAAAGAUUUUCGCAAGACGAUAAACAGAAUCCUGAGCGUGCAGUAUUCUAUUCCUGAUAAUAUUCAGAUAUCUGAGGAAUGUCGCCACUUAAUCUCAAGGAUCUUUGUUGGAGAUCCAGCACAGAGGAUCACAAUGCCUGAAAUCAGAAACCAUGUAUGGUUUUUAAAGAAUCUUCCAGCAGAUUUAAUGGACGAUAAGAUGAUUAGUGACCAGUUCGAAGAGCCCGACCAGCCAAUGCAGAGCAUAGAUACGAUCAUGCAAAUAAUCUCUGAGGCAACAGUCCCACCAGUUGGCUUGUAUAACUUGGAAAUGAUGGACGAUGACAUGGAUGACUUGGAUUCAGAUCCUGAUCUUGAUAUUGAUAGCAGUGGGGAGAUCAUAUAUGCAAUGUGAGUGCAUGCCAUGCUCAUGAAUAGAAAGUAUCUGCAAUCUUACAAGGACAUUUCUGGAUUAUUGAACGCUAAGCAGCAAGAACAUGGGGGUAUUUUGCAAUGCUUGUAAUUAGUCAAGUUCUUAUCCUGGAAGGGGCUUUUAGUGUGCCCACGAGUUAUUUCUUCUAUCGCUAUAGGAGAAAUUGACAGAAAUAUACUUGAGUUCAAAAUCUCUUAUAGUGUCAUACAGUGAAGUUCUUUUGUAACUCUUGUACCUUGCUUAUUUGCAUUUGUGCAAACAAACCAUGUGCUCUUUGUGGUUUUUGUAAGUUGAGAUGCUUGUAGUCUUGGGGCUUGUGUAUGACAGAUGUUGUUAGCACAAAUUUCCUUAUCUGUAUAGUUUAACUAGUCCUUCUGGUUGA